UAAGAAAUACAAAUUUUACCGUAACAAAAUACGCAUAAGAGUUAGACUGUUAAACUUAUAAAACACGCAUUUUUUAAGUAACAAGAGUGAAAAAUUAUUAAUGAUCAUUGGAAAAUUUUAUAUCUGGUGCUGUGCAAAAUGUCAAAAUGUUUAAUCAGGGCAUACGUUGCUACAGUGUGUAUCCGGAAGAAACAGAUGCAUUCGCCAAUGGAAUUGUACUCAACUUUUUGGAAAUCGCAUGAGCAAAACUUGAAACUGCGUUUAAGAGUCAAGCAAAACGUCAACAUGGCUCAAAUAAUUGAUGGCAAAAGUAUGGCUAACGAAAUUCACAGUGAAUUGUGUAAGGAACUGAAGGAGUUUGUGGCUAAUGGAAAUCGUGUGCCACACUUGACGGCUAUCAUUGUGGGUGAGGAUCCCGCUAGCCAGAAAUAUGUGGAAAAGAAGACGCAGGCCUGCAAAGAAAUUGGCAUUAGCAGCCGGACAAUUGUGCUGCCCAAUUCUACGACACAGGCGGAGCUGCUGGAUGUGAUCGAUAAGGAAAACAAAAAUGAGAGUGUGAAUGGAAUAUUGGUGCAGUUGCCGGUGCCAGCACAUAUCGAUGAGCGCACCGUAUGCAAUGCCAUAAUUGCUUCCAAGGAUGUGGAUGGAUUUAAUGAGAUCAAUAUUGGUCGCUUGGCUUUGGACAUGAAUGGUAUUGUACCGGCCACACCACUGGGUGUUAAGACCAUGCUGGAGCGCGCCAAUAUACCAACUUUCAAUCGCAAUGCUGUUGUGGUGGGCCGUUCCAAAAAUGUGGGAUUGCCGUUGUCCAUUCUGUUGCACUCGGAUGGCACACAUGCGACUAAGGGUCUGGAUGCCACAGUCACCAUUUGUCAUCGCAAUACGCCAGCCAAGGAGCUGGCCAAGUAUUGCCGACAAGCGGAUAUAAUUGUUGUCGCCGUGGGUAAACCGGGAUUGAUAACCAAGGAUAUGGUCAAGCCGGGUGCUUGUGUCAUUGAUGUGGGCAUCACCCGGAUCCAAGAUGAGGGAGGCAAAUAUAAGUUAGUCGGCGAUGUCGAUUUUGAUGAGGUCCGCCAGGUCGCUGGACAUAUUACGCCUGUACCUGGAGGCGUUGGACCCAUGACAGUUGCCAUGUUAAUGAAAAAUACCAUCCUGGCGGCCAAGAAACAGGCAGCAGACCAAUCCGACUAAAGUCGAAAAGCAUAUCAAAAUUUGACAACGAAUUUACAAUACGAUUUCCGCUGCCAGCAGCGGGCCCAUAGUAUUUGUUAUUUAACGCACUAAUAGUCUAAGCAACACUAACAAACCAUAUAAGUAACAAUUAAAUAAACGACUAUAAUAUACCUAAAAUAU